GUCAAAACUUUUAUUAUUUUGGAAAACGCACGACAAAACGAAAUCAAAUUUUCCAAUAUUUUUUAUUUUUCGAAGGAAAAUUUGUAUCCGACAAUACGAUAUUUUAUCGGAAUACCCAAAAUAGUCAUAGUCAAUCCUUUUAUAUAAUUCCCAACAAAUAAAUUAUUUAUUCCAAUGGCUUUAAAACUUGCAAUCAAAUCCGGUCUAGCUUACAGCGCUAUGCAUUAUGCGUGCAGCCUUGGCGUUUGGGGCAAUAGCGUUCAAGCAGAUAAGCUCUAUAACGAGUUUAAGGAUAAGGCAAGGCCACAUGUAAAUAGUUUACAGAAACAAUUGCCCUUCGAUGUACCGAAUCUACCCCAAACGGGAGAAGUUCGAUUCCUAGCAAAACACUAUUACAAUAAUGGUGUAAAGAGUACCUUCCAAUUUAUCAUAAUGCUGCCAUGCUACGCUGGUCAACUAAUCAAGAAGACCAAAGAUGCAAUCAAUAAAACGUUGGAAGCACCUGCCGCAAAGAACUGAGUAUCUCUGAGGGGAUAGAUGGUAGGUUGUGUUUCGAUUAGAGACUUGUGGUGUUAUUUCUUUGUUUGUAUAUCUUGUGCUGGCCUCGUGGAUUUAUUGCUGAUAAUAAAGGAAAAUGUUUUAAGUUAAA